AUGGGUAUAUCUAGGGAGGUUGUGCAAAGGGCCGGAGAACAAAACAUACUAAAGGAAGAGGACAUGGCCAAGCCCAAGAAGUCAAAACCUGUUUCCACUCCUCUAAAGCAACCAAAGUCUAGACAAUCUCAGUCUGAACCUACCUCCUAUAUGGAGAAGGCAGUCCCUCCCCCUAAGUCACAAUCAACAUCAUCUGGUGGAGCUAAGAAGAGAAAGAAGGAGAAGCCAACAAGAAAAUAUGUAGCUACUGAGGAAGAAAAUGAAUCUGAUGAUGGAGUCAGAGAGGUAAAGAAGACUACUAGAUAUGCUAGGGUAGUCAAGAAGUCCCCAUCUAGUGAAGCUCAACCAACAAAGAAGCCUAAAACACAAAGCGAGUCAUCCGGUAAAGCCAGAGCAAGAAAAAAUCAAAAAUCAAAACUUGAUGAAGCUCAAAAUUUGGAGUUGUCAUCCAUGAUUCCUAAGGAAUUAUAUGACAUUUUGGAUGCCUGGAGGCAUAAAACACGUCUUGAGGAUGAGAGAAUAAAGGAGUAUGUACUAGUAAACUUAUCCUCUAUCAUUUUCAAUGAUGAAGUUAUUAGACUAUUAAAGCUUGCAAAGGAGAGAUUUCGAAGUAAGAAGAGGGUAAAUAAGCUUAUGUUUGGGAAGAUAGAUGAGAAAGAACAAACUUCUGAGAAAACUAUUCCAAAAGAGAAGGCCAGGGUGCAUACCACAGUUGAUGAUGUUGAUGGUGCUAAUGAUAUGUAUGGUGAAGUUGUACAAGAUCAUCCAGAAAUUGAAGUUGUGUCAGACAAGGCAGUUGAGGAGACAAUUGAUGUGGAUAAGGAUAAAGAUGGUGAUAAAUAUGGUGAUAAAUAUGAGAAUGCAGGGGAAGGAACAAAGGACAAAUGA